AUGUUUCCGGACAGUAAAUAUCUUUGUUCCUUGAAAUUGACAAAUCGCAGCGGCUCGUGGGCUGGGCAACUCGGCGACGGACGUGCAAUCGGCCUUUUCGAAACUACAAACCCGAAAACCCGUACUCGCUAUGAGUUACAACUAAAAGGUGCGGGGCGGACUCCUUAUUCCCGCUUCGCCGAUGGAAAGGCUGUGCUUCGCUCUAGCAUCAGGGAAUACAUAGUAUCAGAAGCCCUUUCUGCACUUGGUGUUCCAACCACUCGAGCUUUGUCUAUAACCCUAUUGCCUCAGUCAAAGGUGUUGCGCGAACGUUUGGAGCCCGGAGCUAUAGUUGCUCGAUUUGCUGAAUCGUGGCUAAGGAUCGGAACAUUUGACCUCCUACGGGCACGAGGAGACCGUGAGCUGAUUAGACAAUUGGCGACGUAUGUCGCAGAGGAUGUGUUCCAGGGCUGGGAGGCUUUGCCCGCUAUGCUGCCGUUGGACCAGAGUCAGUCAUCCGAUACUGUAGACAACCCUCCCAGACAUGUAUCUUGGGACCAAGUUGAAGGGCCGCCAGGCUCGGAAGAGAAUCGGUUUGCAAGGUUGUACCGUGAAAUUGCACGACGAAAUGCUAAAACCGUUGCUGCUUGGCAAGCAUAUGGAUUUAUGAACGGGGUGUUGAACACUGACAAUACUUCAAUCUAUGGCCUUUCAUUAGAUUAUGGCCCAUUCGCGUUCAUGGACAACUUCGAUCCUCAGUACACGCCUAACCAUGAUGACCAUCUCCUGAGAUAUUGUUACAAGAACCAACCCAGCAUCAUCUGGUGGAAUCUGGUUAGGCUCGGCGAGUCACUCGGAGAACUCAUUGGUGCAGGUGAAGACGUUGACAAGGAAGAUUUUGUGAGGGAUGGUGUGACAGAGGAAGCCGCGCCUGCCAUCAUUAAACGUGCGGAGGAGAUCAUUGACCGAACAGGCAAGGAGUUCAGGAUGGUGUUCCUGAACGAAUAUAAACGCAUCAUGAGCAACAGGCUAGGCUUGCGCAGCCAAAAGGAAACUGACUUCCAAGUACUGUUUUCGGAACUGCUCGAUACAUUGGAGGCUUUGGAGUUAGACUUCAAUCACUUUUUCCGAAGACUGUCAAACAUAUCGCUGUCGGACAUAGAGACGAAAGAGACGAGAGAGAGGACAGCAUCUAUCUUCUUUCAUAACGAAGGGUUUGGUGGCAUCGGAUACACCGAGGAUUCCGCGAGGCAACGAGUCGGAGAUUGGCUUGACAAGUGGAGACAACGAAUCAUAGAGGACUGGGGCGUUGAUCAAGACUUGGAAAGACAAAGGAUCAUGAAGAGUACAAACCCAAAGUUCCUGCCUCGCGGCUGGAUCCUCGAUGAAGUUAUUGAACGUGUUGAACGCCGUGGAGAUCGAGAGGUACUCGGAAGGGUAAUGCAUAUGGCACUCAAUCCCUUCAAUGAAGAAUGGGGACAGAAUCAUGAUGAAGAGGAGCGCUUUUGUGGGGAUGUCCCUCGCUUCAAGAGAGCCAUGAUGUGCAGCUGCAGUUCUUGA